UUGUUUGAAGUUUACUACAAAAAUGAACCGCCUAUAAGCCUGUGAAUAUUUAAUUAGUUUGAUGAUGUAACACGUAAAGUGCUACAGUGAAUAAUGAUUUAAUUUAUUACAAAGUCGUGUAUAAUCAUCAGAUAUUUGAACUACUAAAAUCUAUCCGACGGAUUAUUUGCAAGUUAAAAGCGUCAUAAGCGAGGUUAAAUUUGUUGGGUUUCAAAUAGGUUGUUUUAAUUAGAUUAAAAAUGUCAAAAAGAAAGCCAAUUAAUGUGGUAGCGGGUAGUUCUCCGAAAAAUACCUCAGUUGGUUCGAGUUAUUAUAAAAAUGCCAAUCUCAAUUUUCGGCCAAGCUCGAUGCAGGAGAAUCGAGGUGGAACACGACCCGUGGCUGAACCAAGUUCUAUUAGUUCAGUUAUAGUGUCAAUGAUUCUCCACAUUUGCAGAAAAUCUUUGCUUUACGACCCAAGAUUAAAGGCUGUAAUUUAUUUUGGUGCAGUAUUUUUUGGCUCCAUUGUGUGUGAUGUUAUGCCAAUACCUAAGACGUACUUUGCUAGAUCAAGCAAUAUUUUCAACCAGUUUUUCAUUAAGUGGGCUUGGGGCUGGUUACUUGCUACAGCUGGACCAUGGAUUCUUCUCACUGCUUACACUAUUGGUUGUGGCAAAAAAGAAAUCAUAUUAAAGCACUUAGCACGCUUAGGACUUGCAACACUUUUCUGGAUGUCAUGGAUAUCAUUUAUGAACUACAUUGAAAGCAAUUAUGGACGUUGUGUAAAUGUUAGAGAACGUUCUCUGCAAAAUAAAGUUAAAUGUCUUGCAGCUGGACACUUUUGGAAUGGUCUUGACGUUUCUGGACAUGCCUUUAUUAUUAUAUAUUCUAGUUUAAUUUUAUCAGAAGAGGGAUAUUCAUUGGUUGGAUGGGAAGCUAUUAAGAAUAAUAUUAUGAACGAAGAGUACAAUAGAAAGACGUCAACACAAGUUACCAAAGGGUAUUUGAAUAAAAUUUCUGACGAAGAUUUAGAUUUCUUGAAGAAAACAUACAAAGAUCUAACACCCUACCUAAGGGGUUUAUUUAUCAUCAUGACCAUUCAACAGAUAAUCUGGGAUGUAAUGCUGGUUGCAACAAUUUUAUAUUACCAUACUAUGAUUGAGAAGUUUUUUGGAGCAGCUGCUGCUAUACUAACAUGGUAUGCUACUUAUUAUUGGUUAUACAGGUUUCCAAAUUUAGGAUUUUGUAUGCCAUCUGAAGGAAUUUUCAAGUAUAACGAAUUAAGAGAAAAUACAAAGGAAAAUGGAGUAAGAUCGAGUUAUCGAAGAUAUUAAGUUGAACCACCUUAGUUAGAUUAUAAACAUUUAAUAAUGAAGUUCAAUUUGAAGGUAGCUUAAAUUUUCAUUGUCAUUUCUAUCGACAAUAUGAAUAUCAUCUGGCCAUUUUUAAGGGCUAAAACAAUGUCUCGUUAAAUGGUGUUUGGUUUGGCUAGUUUUAUAUACAAUCACGCUUAUAUUAAGAUUAAACAAAUUCAAUAGAACAGUGUAUUUUGAAAAUUGUAUUAUUUAGUUAUUGUUUCCUUUACUUCUUCAUUAAAAUUUUCAGAAAAUUAAUGGGAUUACCAGUGUAACCAUAUUUAUAUAACUAUAUCUAAAACAUUCUUAUGUUAAUUUUUUUAAUUUUUAAUAUUAUUAUUGUACAAAUGUUAUGAGUUGUUGUGUUGAACUUCUCUGUGAUUAGGAGAAAAAAAAAUUUGUUAAUUUGUAACAUGCUGCAAAUUGUCUGUGUAUUAAGCAUGUCAUCCUAAACUAUCAAUGCAUUAUAAUGAAGUCACAAAAUAUAUU